UGGAGUGUAAAAAUGUUCGUCUUGGUUUUACUACUAAUCAAGCUACAUGUGAAGCUCUGACAUAUUCUAUGUCUUCGAUUGAAUUAUUCGCCGAUUUUGUUUGGUUGUUGAAUCUGGUGAGUUGAAUCGGUCAAUGGCAGCUUCCUCAUCAAGAGGACGAAGCAGUUCCCCAUUCCACAGCCGCAAGCCUUCAAGUCCGUUUUCCUCGUCUUCAUCAUCCUCAUCUUUCAAGCAGACUGUACCUCAAUCAUCCUCAUCCGCUACCACGUUCUACGGAGGCUCGGGAAACGGUCACGGUUCAAGAUCUGGUACUCUUGGUCGGACUACGUCCGAUUCGAUGUACUCCCGAGGGGGAUACGGAGGGGGUUCGCCUGUCGGUUAUCCGUCUGCCGACGAGAUGAUAGAUGAGCCGAUUGAUGAUAUUUCGAGAGCGGCAGGCGGUGACAGCAUUUCCGUGACGAUUCGGUUUAGGCCUUUAAGUGAAAGAGAGUAUCAGAGAGGAGAUGAGAUUGCGUGGUACGCCGACGGAGAUAAAUUGGUGCGCAAUGAGUACAAUCCGGCCACUUCGUACGCAUUUGAUAGGGUUUUUGGAUCCUUUGCGGAGACUCAUGAAGUGUAUGACGUAGCUGCUGGACCUGUUAUAAAGGCUGCCAUGGAAGGCAUAAAUGGAACUGUAUUCGCAUAUGGUGUUACAAGUAGUGGGAAGACACAUACAAUGCAUGGUGAUCAUACUUCUCCAGGAAUAAUUCCCUUGGCAAUAAAGGAUGUUUUCAGCAUUAUUCAGGAUACACCAGGAAGGGAGUUCUUGCUGCGUGUGUCUUAUAUCGAGAUAUAUAAUGAGGUGAUUAACGAUCUGCUUGAUCCAACGGGACAAAAUCUGCGUGUUCGAGAAGAUGCACAGGGUACAUAUGUUGAGGGUAUAAAGGAGGAGGUGGUUUUAUCUCCUGGGCAUGCCCUUUCGUUCAUUGCUGCUGGUGAAGAGCACCGGCACAUUGGUUCAAAUAACUUUAAUCUUCUCAGCAGCCGUAGUCACACAAUAUUUACCCUGAUGAUUGAAAGUAGCGCUCAUGGUGACGAAUAUGAUGGAGUCAUAUUUUCUCAACUUAACCUAAUUGAUCUGGCGGGAUCAGAGAGCUCAAAAACUGAAACAACUGGACUGAGGAGGAAGGAAGGAUCUUACAUCAACAAAAGUCUUCUAACCCUUGGAACCGUAAUUGGAAAGCUUAGCGAGGGUAGGGCAUCUCAUAUUCCUUACAGAGAUUCCAAGCUUACCCGAAUUCUACAAUCUUCUUUGAGUGGCCAUGGACAUGUUUCACUUAUCUGUACUAUAACUCCGGCAUCUAGUAAUAUGGAGGAGACUCACAAUACAUUAAAAUUUGCAAGUAGGGCAAAACGAAUUGAAAUCUAUGCCUCUCGGAACAAGAUUAUUGAUGAAAAAUCUUUGAUUAAGAAGUACCAAAAAGAAAUAUCAGCUCUUAAACUAGAACUUGAUCAAUUGCGGAGGGGGAUGCUUGUAGGUGUCAAUCCAGAAGAGAUAAUGACCCUAAAACAAAAGUUAGAAGAAGGACAAGUGAAGAUGCAAUCACGCUUAGAAGAAGAGGAAGAAGCAAAGGCUGCUCUUAUGAGUAGAAUUCAGAGGCUAACAAAGCUAAUACUUGUGUCCUCCAAAAAUACAAUUCCUGGGUUGACUGAUGUAUCUGCUCAUCUUGGGAGUCCUUCUGCUAAUGAUGGUGAUAAUGGUACUCUGCUCUUGCACAGUGAUAUACAAAAUGAGUUGAUUUCCAGCAAUUUUUCAGCAGCAGAUAGCUCUAUUACUGAAUCAACUCAAAUGGGAGAAGUCAUCAGUGGUUCUGCCAGAGGUGCAAAGCUGCUAACAGGUGGACUCUCAAUUGAUGAGAUGGACCUUCUUGUGGAGAGAGUGAAGAUGCUUGCAGGAGAGAUUGCAUUCAGUACAAGUACCAUGAAGCGUUUAGUGGAGCAAUCUGCUAAUGAUCCUGAGAGCUCGAAAACCCAAGUAGAUCAGUUGGAACGUGAAAUUGAAGAAAAAAGAAGGCAAAUGAGGGCCUUGGAGAAACAGAUUGUCGAAAGCAAUGAAGCCUCAAUUUCUAAUACAUCGUUGGCUGAUAUGCAGCAGACAAUGAUGAAGUUAAUGACACAGUGUGAUGAAAAGGGUUUUGAGCUAGAGAUCGUGACAGCAGACAACCGCAUCCUCCAGGAAGAAUGGCAGAACAAGUGUGCAGAAAAUAAAGAACUGCAAGAGAGAAUCAUGUUGCUUGAACAACAGCUGGCUAUGGCUGAUAAUGAGAAGUCAUCGACCUCUUUGGAACAGCAUGGAUCCAAAGAGUACAUUGAUGAGCUAAGGACGAAAAUUAAGAUUCAGGAGGUAGAGAAUGAAAAACUAAAGCUGGAGCAUGUUCAAAUUUUAGAGGAGAAUAGCGGAUUAUGUGUGCAGAAUCAGAAACUGUCUGAAGAAGCUUCUUACGCCAAGGAAUUAGCGUCUGCUGCUGCUGUCGAACUCAAGAAUUUGGCUGGUGAAGUCACUAAACUUUCACUAGAGAACGCAAAACUCGAAAAAGAGUUGAUGGCUGCUUGUGAGUUGGCGAACACAAAACCCGGAAACGGUGGUAGCCGCAAGUACGAUGCCAUAAAACCCGGUCGGAAAGGACGGUCUGGCCGAGUGAAGGAUGCCUAUGAUGAGUUUGACUCUUGGAACCUUGACCCAGAAGAUUUAAGAAUGGAAUUGCAGGCAAGGAAGCAACGGGAGGCAAGACUUGAGGCUGCCUUAUCUGAGAAAGAAGUUAUAGAAGAGGAGUACAGGAAAAAGGCUGAGGAGGCAAAGAAAAAGGAAGCAGCUCUGGAAAAUGAUCUGGCAAACAUGUGGGUUCUUGUUGCUCAGCUAAAGAAAGAAGCAAAAGGAGCAGUUCCUGAAUCUCACAGUAACGGAAGACAUAUAGAGAGACCUGAAACCGUGAGUUUCCCCAAAGUAGAAAGCGUCGAUCGCAGCAAUUCAGUUAUUAAAGAGAGGCAUGUUUCGGAUGUUCCCCAAACAGCUCAUGGUGUGACAAAGGAAGAGCCCCUUGUUGCUCGUUUGAAGGCUCGAAUGCAAGAGAUGAAGGAGAAGGAGGCGAAUUACGUUGGGAAUGGAGAUGCAAAUUCUCAUAUAUGUAAAAUAUGCUUUGAGUCGCCAACAACAACAAUGCUUCUUCCUUGCCGGCAUUUUAGUUUGUGUAAAUCUUGUUCACUUGCCUGCUCUGAAUGUCCAAUUUGCCGGACCAAGAUUGCAGAUAGAAUUUUUGCUUUCACUUCUUGAUAUUUGCUCCACCUCCCUCACAAUGAAGGAGUAUUUUUUUCAUGAAGGAUGAUUAACCUAGUGGUUAUUUUCGGGUGUCAUUCCUUUUGAUUGCGCAAUCAAUCUGUAUGUAAAAACUGUUGAAAAAGGUAUAGUUCCAUUUUGUGUAUGUAUUUUCAUCUCGAAUUUGGUAAAAAUAAAACCUUGAAACUGCUAAUAGAAAAGAAACAGAUUGAAGCGAGGGCAGACAGAUCACAGAUUCUGCCUUCUGUUCAUCAGUUAAUGGUACAAAUUAUCUCGUUUGUUGU